AUGGCCUCUGACGAUGAUGACAGCGAAUACGAUGCUGCAUUUGCCAGCUUGACACCAGAGCAGCUGCAAGGGCUAGCUGCGCUCGAUGCAGUGCUAAACACCGAUAGCGAACAAUUUCGGUUCACGGCGCCGUCAUUUUCCACCCAAGAAGCCAUCAACCCCUCUAUUCUGUCUAUCGAAAACCCUCAUCCUGCAGAAUUCAUCAACGAGACACCUACAUCGAGAAAGCGAACAGUGUCCCCUGACCUAGAUUCAUCUGCCCUCACAACGAAACGACCAAGGGGACGCCCACCCGGAACUGGAUACAAGCAGCGCCAGCAACGUGAGGAGACACCGAAUGAAGGUACAACUUCGGGUUCAAAGCGUCCUGUCGGCCGCCCAAAGAAGCAACCCCAGUUGACCUUCGCCUCUGUGCCUUCCAAGUAUAAAUUAACGGGAUUGCGGGUUUCUAGCUCGACACCCACUGCUGGUCCAUCAAAUGUCUCUGUUAAUGAGGCACUGCAGGACAGAGCCGGCGCCACACGCAAUCCUAGCGCACUCUCUAUGCUAUCAUCCUCCCCAGGCCCCACUUCUGUGCCAAACCACGAGGCGGCGCUGCAAGCAUCGCAAGGCGAGAUCUCAUUGAUUCCUGGUGACGAUCCUUUUCGUGCAUGCGUGGACGACGAUAAUGAUGACACCGAAUCCGAAUCUGGUCUCUUGGAGGACGGAAUUGGCGAGGACGACGUAGAUGAUGAUGAUGGGGAAGAUGGUGAUGAAGGUACCCAAUCGGCCACUUCAGCCACAAAGUCUCGGAGCCGCUGCCUACCUGGCUGGCUCAAGGCUGAGUUCAAGCGUCACCUUGAAGAAUCCUCACAGCGGGGUGCUGACGGUCUUCCACCUCUCUACCGAAAUCACCAAACGUUCUGGUUUCCACGACCUGCGACAUGGUUUCGCCUUAGAACACCCUCCCUUACGCCACAAGUCUUAUAUGACUACCGCUUCUUUUUAUGGGACCCCAUGGCGCUUCUCGAAGAUGGAAUUCCUUGUCCAAAUCCAAGCUGCGAUGCUCGGCUUCGUCGACACGAUCAUGUUCGGUAUCCUCGCCGCGUUGUUGACCUUGAUUCAACUUUCUGGAUCAUCGGCUAUCGAUACCGAUGCCCUCAAUGUGCUUGCUUCCAGAGACAGGCCCACUUCCGUAGCUGGGAUCUCCGCAUUCUUAGCGUGCUCCCUCCCUCCCUCGCUGAUGAGUUCCCAGCCAUUCUUAGCUAUCGUAGUGGCUUAGCGUCAUCACUCUUUCACUUGAUGCGUGCUUGCUUUCAUCAUGGCAUGGGGGCGCACCAGUUCUCUACCACCAUACGUGUACAACAUCUGGAACGUUAUGACCGUCUUCAAUUGCAAUAUCUUCGCACUAUCGCAGUACAAUCUACGCUAAGCUCAUUUCUGACUGGACGCAAGUUCAAGGCAUUCCUUCCAUACGAUGAUCGCAGCAAUGACGGAGCUCACGGCUUUGUUCCGGGUGCCAUGUGGCUUCGGGAUACAUAUGACACGUUCAUCGAGAAGCAUGAGGAUGAGCUCAACCAGCAUACUGCUAUGCUUACUGGACAGAUUUGUGCAAUAGACCACAGCUUCAAGUUGACAAAACAUGUGGCAAAGGUCAAUGGUGUACAGGUCUUCGUUGCACUCUUAACAGUUACCAACGAAAAGGGGGAGAUCCGAGUUUGUAAUCUUGUAGCGACAAAGGCACAUUCACAGUUCGAGUUGGCGCUGCGACAAAUGCGAGACUCCUUGGAGCUUUAUGGCCAUGAUCAACCGAGCAUAUUCUACACUGAUUCCAUGGCCGAUAAGGAAUUCCUCGAGCGGUGUUUUCCUUUGCUGCGCACCGAUCUUACGCCAAUCGAGAAAUAUGGUUACCUUCCUGAGUUCACCAUUCCUAUUGAUGUCAAUAUCAUAGUCCACGGAAGCAAGAAUGGGAUUGACGAUGUUAUGCGCACAAUCAUCGAUGCACUCCCUCAAGACGAUAGAUCAGGCCCAUUGGUUGUUGGCCUCGACUCCGAAUGGAAUGUGGAGGUGUCUACUCGGGGUUAUGUUACCGGGCGUGGGCAGACAGCUAUAUUACAGAUUGCCUUUGAAAAGAAGGUCUUCAUCCUCCAGAUUGGCUCUAUGCUUGCCGGUGGAUCCCUACCAGAGAUUCUCAAACAGGUGUUAUCCAAUCCUCGAAUUCUGAAGGUUGGACGGUGUCCAUCUGCAGAUUUGGCAUACUUGCAACAAUGCUGUCAGUCCAGUGUACCGUUUUCAGGUGCUGUUGAUCUCGCGAAACUUGCCAAGGAGCGUUUGGUGAUACCAAAUGCCCGUGUUAGCUUAUCCGACCUGGGUGCUGUGGUACUCAACCAGCAAAUCAAGAAGAAUCUCCCGGAACGAGUUGGUUCCUUCUGGGAAGAAGAGACACUCACAGCAUCUCAACUUCAGUACGCCGCGGUGGACGCCUACGCUUCCCUUGUCAUUUACGAAAAGUUAUCUGCAAUACCAGUUCCGUCAGCGCUGUCAGGCUCCGAAGUUGCUGGCACUCCUGUCUUGCUGUUUGGCAGUGACCGUACUCGAUUGCUUGCCGAAGGAACCAUAUCACCUCACGCAACCGACAAGCAAUAUGAAGGUAUCAAUAUCACUGCAACUCGAACUGUUAUUCUGGUCACCAAAGUCCAUGUUCCUGGGGCUUUCAUUCUGAACGGAACAGCAACUCGCCAUCAACUUGACAGUUUUGGUCCUCCACCAUUCCAUAUGGUUUGCCUUCAAAGCCACCUUCGCCAACCCACUUCUUUCUCCAUCCACCAUACUGACGAUACCAUUACUCGCACCCCCAUUGACUCCACUCUCAUAAAUCCAAAACUCUUCAACAUCGACUCCGAACUUCCCACUGAUACCACCACUUCAAGUAGUGUUGCCCCAGACCCCAACAUGGCAUCGGUUGCAGGCAUUGGGACACUAUUAUUCAAUAGUCUCAGUGAUGAGGUCGCUCCCAGUACUCAACCAACUGAACCUCAUAUGCAAGAGCGGGAUAGCGAGAGCCAAGCUGAGGGCGAUCGAGUACUUUCGGAGACAGACAUUUCCGCGAAAUGGCCUCCGUAUAUCAGAAGCCGAGUCAUCAAGGAUCCGUUUCAUGUCUUCAAUAUGUUUUACAUCUCUGCCGCUCAUGGACUCCUUCACGACUUCGCCCUUGCUUUACGUGAUGCUAUGUUUAUACCCGACAAGGACGACCAAGCUCGCAUCAUCAUUUGGGCCACAUCUCAGAAGCCACCUCUUCUGUGGGAAGAUCUUGUUGCACGACGGCCGAAAUGGGUUUGGAAACGCUGCAAACGGAUUAUUCCUCCGGCUGAGGAACUCUUCGAGAAUGUUUCCCAGGUGUUCCAGAACUAUGGCCCGCUCAAGGAUGCUAAAACCCAUCUACCACUAUUUAAUACUACGGCAUGGGGUGUAGCGAAGAACAUACUAGACUUGAUCAAGAAAGGAUUUGUCUCCGAUCCUCCGGGAAUACCGCUCUACUAUCAACUCGGAAUGGACAAGUCUGGUAUGCCAUUGUACCGUUGCAUGCGGGGGACCAACAUGACAGAAGGUGGCGUGCAUACUCAUUUACGGUCACGACUACCUACUUCAGGUGUUUCCAUCCGCCACAUUCAGUCACGACUACUUGAUUUUAUUUUACGGCACAAUCUUUUGGUCGGGACAUUCAAUAGUACAGGAACACGUUACCGCGGCCACUACAGCAUAUGGAUCACCAACCAGCUUCAAGAGAUGCUGUAUCUUGUCCAUCCUUACCUGGAAAGCCCUCGCAUGCUUGUAGGGUGGAUAAACGGCAACCUAUAUCAACGAACGAAGGAAGUUUCUGGUGUCCUCCCUAUUCCCGAUGGACUUCGCAUCAAGGCCGGGAUGGGUGCAUAUAUUCACGCACACCAUCACAAGCAACUUCAUCAGUUCCUCGCAUCUCGCCAAGGCACCCGCAAACCGAUUCUUCCAAUAAACAAUGAUUCCGAGCGGCAUCUCUUUCGCGAGCUCAUGGCAAGUGAAAGCGGCGGAAAUCUUUCAACUGGGCCAAACUGGGACAAUAUUGUGAUCCUCUGGAACAGCAAAGCCGAGGAAUCAAAGGAAAUUUCGUACAAGCUACCCGAACAACUGAAGGUCUAUUACCACGGCGACUGGAAGAAGUUUACAAACAUCAAACAAACAAAAUCAAUCACAUCAGACGUGCGCGAAGAGGUUAAGCGCACCAUUCACAACCCCCAACGUCUACUCGCCGCACCACCAGCACCAGAGAUGACUCGCACCAUUCACUCUGCCGGAGCGGGUUUUCUUCUUGUCAACCCUGGACCCCAGCUUCAACAUUUGCAUCAGCCUGCAUCCUCACUCGAGCAAGACCCGGAGCAAACCCCGAUGCUCGAAGAAACCUUGUCAGCCGAGCUUACUACAGCUCAUCUUGCCGCAAGUCGAGCCCAAGCAACGCAAUUACCUCCGGAACCUCGUCUGCACGCACGCAAAGCUCGGAUGUGCCGGAAAUGUGCUCAGCCGACAUGUAAAGGCAAGGGAGGUGUUAAUUAUUGCCGGAAUCCAUGCCAAGACUGCGCGAAGGUCAACUGCGCUGGCCGUAACCCAAAGCACCCCGAACGGCCGUGCAAUAUCGCUUGGAAGCCUGUCGCGCCGGCACAACAGUUGGUCGAUGAGGCGACGACGUCUGUAAGUACAUGA